AUGGAGAAGGUGAACAUCGAACCUUGUGUGAAGAUGGACACCCAAACCCUUGACCUUCUCAAGAUAAGAGAUGAUGUCACAUGGUACAUAAGGAAGCUAGGCUUGAGCAAGCUCUUCAAGCUAGAAUGUAGUGAGUACUCACAACUCACCAAGGAGUUCCUCUCCACAGUAGCUCUUGCCUUUCCCAACCACAAUGGAGACCAACCAGCUGGUGAUGGACUCCUACUCUUCAAGAUAGGCGAUGCCAAUGGGCGCAUCUCCAUCUCAGCUCUAUGCCAACUCUUUGGACUUCCCAAUGAGACAGCACAUGACUUCAAGGAGAACUCAAAGAGGAAACAAGCUGCCUUUGCUGAUUGGACACACUUUGCCAAUGAACCAUUCUUGCCUUCAAGAUCAAAGGUGUCUAGAAUCACUCAUCCAGCCAUUCGCUAUGUGCACCGCCUCAUCUCCACCACUUUCCAAUGCAAACAAGAAGCCAACAAGGUCACAACUGAUGAGUUCUACAUCCUCACCACACCAUUCAUCAAGCAUGAGUACAAGGCCAACCUUGGACUUUUACUUGCCAAGACAUUCAUCAAUGUGAGGAAGCUAGCUAAAGACUUGGAAGGCAACAAGAAGCUUUGUGUUCGUUUUGGGAGGCUUAUCACGGCCAUAGUACAACAUGUGGGGAUUGACAUUCCCAACUAUGAGCCACUACCCAAGCCAACCCCUUUGGAUCUCCAUGCUCUUCAGCAUAUCCACUUCCUAAACCGUUGGACUAAAGACCCAACUCGGUUUUGCUAUGAGUUUCCAAUUGGUCCAGCCAACACUUCCCUUGUCUUGCUGCCACAUGAAGACAUCCCAAGCCUACGCUCAGGAGUUGUCACUUUCCAGCCCAAUGAGGAAGACUUCUAUGUUCCAUCAAGUGAGAAACCAUCAUUCCCCAUGCUCACAUAUCGCACACUUCAGCAUGCAGUCAAGACUCAACGCCGCCACCAAGAACGCCAUGUUCUCACUACUGGCAUGGCCGCGCAUCAAGCUCUAGACCGUGUUAACAAGCUGGAGAAGAUAGUGGAGUGCCAAUCUCGCUUCAUCUCACGCCUAUCCGUGUAG